UCCACGUGGACAUGUUGACUGAAGUCUGGCGCUACGCGUCAGCGAGCGGGUUUAUAAAGAGGGACUCACUUCUCCGCUCAAACAAACUCCUGCCGUGUCGUCCUCUGAGUAGAUCAACAGAUCCAAAGCCAAGAUGAAGCUGUACCUCGCCGUGGCCGUGCUGAUGCUGGCUUUUGUCGCGUACACAGAGGCGCAGGACGCGGAGCAGACCGUCGAGCAGAGGUUCAAUAGGUUCGGAGAGCAGGUGGCGGAGGUGAGCAAGGGCCUGGCCGAGAAGGCCAAGACCACCUUCGAGGAGAUAUCCACCAGCCAGUUCGCAGAGGACACCCGGAACUGGUUCCAGACGCAGUUUGAGAGUUUGAAGGCUAAGUUGUCGUAAGCAAACCAGUAGACCCGUCCCCAUCUCCAGCCCCAUCUCCAGCCCCCCCCCCCACCGACCCCCCCCUGGACCGCUGACCUCUUCCAACAACAACAACAGCAGCCCAUCGCUAUGCUUCUAUGUGCAUCCUGUGUUUGCAUCAGUAUUUCUCAUUAAGAACUUCUGAAUGUACUGAAUCAAAUAAAGGACACACGUUCGACUCACA